CUUGCAGGUUCGUAUACUUGGAUCCAUAACGUUCCUCUCUCUCGCUCUGUCUCUCUGUCUUUCGGCCAAGCCAACUGCACCCAGGAAGUUGAAGAGGUAAAAAAAAAAAAAAAAAAAAAAAGAAAAAGAAUGAAAAGUCAGCUAAACAAAAAGCAGUGGGAUCAGAAUCAAAAUUAGAAACUACGAUUCAGAAUAAUCUGAUACGCAAUGUCGAUCCCGGGUGCGUCACCGGCAUCGGCCGCGCCACAUCAGUCCUCGGCCCUCGACUCCUGGGACUGCAUGCUUCCGGGCCCACCCAGCCGUAACAAUUUCGGAUCCGCCGACCUCAGUCCCUCCGGCCUCCUUGCCUUUCCCUCCGGCAGCUCAAUCUCCGUCGUCGAUUCCCGCUCUAUGCAGCUCGUCACCGUCCUCCCUAUGCCUCCUCCCUCUUCUUCUUCUUCUUCUUCUUCUUCUUCCAAUUCCUCCUCCACUGCCUCUGUUUCUCUCUCACCUUUCGUUACCGCCGUCCGAUGGACCCCACUCUCCCUCCAUCACGACCUCCUUUCCACCGAGCCCUCCACCUCUCACCUCCUCCUCGCCGCCGCUGAUCGCCAGGGCCGCAUUGCUCUUCUCGACCUCCGGCUCAGGUCGCCGGUGCUCUGGUUUGAAUCUGACCCGCCCCGAUAUGGCGUUCAGGAUCUCUGUUGGGUUCAGGCCCGACCCGACACGUAUCUUUUGGCUGCUAUAUCCGGUCACUCUCGUCUCUCCCUCUAUAACUCCUCCACCGGCCGUUGCGUCUGGAAAUACGAUGCCUCUCCUGAAUACCUCUCUUGCGUUCGUCGCGAUCCUUUCGACGCUCGCCAUUUAUGCGUCGUUGGACUCAAAGGUUUCCUUUUGUCGGUUAAGGUCCUUGGUGAGGCCGAAGACGAUGUCGUUCUCAAGGAGUUUCAGAUUAAGACCGAUUGCUCCGAGCUGCAUAAGCUCGAGAGGGAUGCCAAUGGCGGCGGCGGCGGCGGUGUAUCAUCUUCAUCAUCGUCGCCGUCGGCGCCGGCCUCGGCCGUUUUCCCACUGUACGUGGCGAGGUUCGCGUUCUCUCCACAGUGGAAGCACAUUAUGUUCGUGACGUUUCCAAGGGAGUUGGUGGUGUUCGAUUUGCAGUACGAGACGACGCUAUUCUCCUCUGCGUUGCCUCGAGGCUGUGGCAAGUUUCUGGAUGUGUUGCCGGAUCCCAAUAACGAGUUGCUCUAUUGUGCUCAUCUUGAUGGAAGGCUCAGUACUUGGCGACGUAAAGAACGAGAGCAAGUGCACAUAAUGUGUUCGAUGGAAGAGUUGAUGCCCUCAAUUGGGACAUCUGUUCCUUCUCCAUCCGUUCUUGCUGUUGUCAUCUGCCAAUCAGAUUCCACCCUCCAAAAUGUGGGCAAGCUUUAUUCUGAUGCACCUCAUUCUCCUGUGCCAGAUAUGGAUUUCGACAAUCCUUUUGAUUUUUAUGAUGAUUCCCUUUUUGUUUGUAAGACACAUAUGAUCUCUAUUUCUGAUGAUGGAAAAAUAUGGAACUGGCUCUUGACUGCUGAAGGGGCUGGAGAUACUCAGAAGGAUGCUGCAAAACUGGGUGUCAGCAAAUUGCCAAUUAUGGGACCAAAUUGUAACAAUGUAGUUUCUUCUAUUGAAGGACUUUCCAUGGAAGCAGGUAAGCAAUCAGUGCCUGUGAAUGAUAGCAGAAGUUGGCGUUCAAGCCCUUCCAUCGGUCAAGGAGAUAUGUCAUUUAAGAUUAGCUUAGUUGGGCAGCUUCAGCUUCUUUCUUCAACGGUGACUAUGCUAGCUGUACCAUCACCUUCUUUAACAGCUACCUUGGCCCGUGGGGGAAACCAUCCUGCUGUAGCUGUUCCAUUGGUUGCUUUAGGAACUCAAAGUGGGAUGGUUGAUGUAAUUGAUGUUUCUGCAAAUGCUGUUGCUGCAAGUUUCUCUGUCCAUGGUGGUUUCGUUAGGGGUUUACGGUGGCUUGGAAAUUCUAGACUUGUUUCGUUUUCAUAUAGUCAGGCAAACGAAAAAUCUGGAGGUUACAUUAACAAGCUGAUUGUGACUUGCCUUAGAAGUGGCCUUAAUAGACCGUUCCGGGUUUUACAAAAGCCAGAACGUGCUCCCAUAAGGGCUUUAAGGGCCUCUUCCUCUGGAAGAUACCUUCUAAUUUUGUUUCGUGAUGCACCAGUUGAGGUUUGGGCAAUGACGAAGAAUCCUAUUAUGCUUAGAUCAUUAGCUCUUCCAUUUACGGUAUUGGAAUGGACCCUCCCAACAGUUCCAAAGCCCACUCAAAAUGGACCUGCUAAACAAUCACCUUUAUCCUCUUCAGAACAUACAUCUGUGGCACCAGAUGUGGCAGCUUCCCCAACAAAGGCAUCUUUGUCCGACCCUAAGACCUUAGAUGGAUCUCAAGAUGAUAGUUCUGAGAGCUUUGCCUUUGCGCUGGUAAAUGGUGCUCUUGGUGUUUUUGAAGUCCAUGGGCGAAGGAUUCGUGACUUCAGACCAAAAUGGCCUUCUUCUUCAUUUGUGUCAUCUGAUGGACUAAUAACAGCCAUGGCCUACCGGUUACCUCAUGUAGUUAUGGGAGACAGGUCAGGGAAUAUUCGCUGGUGGGAUGUUACAACUGGACAUUCAUCUUCAUUUAAUACUCAUAGAGAAGGUAUCCGGCGAAUCAAAUUUUCACCUGUUGUUGCUGGAGACCGCAGUAGAGGAAGAAUUGCUGUACUGUUUUAUGACAAUACAUUUUCCAUUUUUGAUCUUGAUUCAGCAGACCCACUAGCCAAUUCUCUUUUACAGCCUCAGUUUCCUGGAACUCUUGUGCUGGAACUUGAUUGGUUGCCUUUGCGAACUGAGAAAAAUGAUCCACUCGUAUUGUGCAUUGCUGGAGCUGAUAGUAGCUUUCGCCUAGUUGAGGUUAAUAUGCUCCACAAAAAACUUGGUUUUGCAUCCCAGCACCGAUCCAUAAAGGAAAGGUUUCGGCCAAUGCCGUUAUGUUCUCCAAUACUGCUUCCUACACCACAUGCCCUGGCAUUACGAAUGAUCUUGCAAUUGGGUGUAAAGCCUGCUUGGUUUAAUACCUGCAGUACAACUUUAGAAAAGAGGCCUCAUCAAAUUCCAGGAGCUCCUUCAUCCAGUGGGGAUCUUCGCAGUUACAUGACUGAUUUACCAUCCAUCGGUGAUCCUGUGGUGCCAGAGUUACUACUUAAAGUACUAGAACCUUAUCGAAAAGAAGGCUGCAUACUUGAUGAUGAGAGAGCAAAAUUAUUUGCUAAAGUAGUGGACAAAGGUUGUGCUGUGAGGUUUGCUUUUGCUGCUGCCAUGUUUGGUGACACAUCAGAAGCACUUUUUUGGCUACAACUUCCUCGUGCUUUCAACCAUUUGAUGAAGAAGCUAGUGAAUAAACCCGUGCAUAAGGCUCAUGUGUCAAUGACAGGUCCAGAGCUUGGUGAUACAUCUGUUCUGAGUAGAAUUUCAUCAAAAGAGAAAGUAUUGCCUGGAACAGAGAAGAAAGAUGCAUUUAGUCAAGUUAACCUCAGGUUGAUGGCUUUCGAACAAGAAGAGUUGUGGGAAAAUGCUAGUGAACGUAUCCCUUGGCAUGAGAAACUAGAGGGAGAAGAGGCUGUUCAGAAUCGUGUGCAUGAGCUUGUAUCAGUUGGGAACUUAGAAGCUGCAGUUAGUUUAUUGCUUUCCACUCAUCCUGAGAGUGAUUACUUUUACGCAAAUGCUUUGCGGGCAGUUGCUCUUUCUUCUGCUGUGUCAAGAUCUCUUCUUGAACUUGCAGUUAAGGUUGUUGCAGCCAACAUGGUUAGGACUGACAGGUCACUUUCAGGCACUCAUCUUCUAUGUGCCGUUGGAAGAUAUCAAGAAGCUUGUUCUCAGCUUCAAGAUGCUGGAUGCUGGACAGAUGCAGCAACUUUAGCAGCUACACAUUUAAAGGGAUCUGAUUAUGCAAGAGUGUUGCAAAGGUGGGCCGUGCAUGUCCUUCAGGCUGAACAUAACAUAUGGAGGGCUUUGAUUUUGUUUGUUGCUGCUGGUGCACUGCAAGAGGCAUUGGCGGCGCUUCGUGAGGCACACCAACCCGACACGGCUGCUAUGUUCAUCCUUGCUUGCCGUGAAAUCCAUGCUAACAUUGUCUCUGAGUUAGGAAACUCGGAUGAUGAAUCUAGCUCUUCAAGCAAGGAUAAGAUGUUCAAAUUACCUGGAUUGGACCCAGAGAAUGAAGAUGUUAUUGCAGUUAAUGAAUAUUAUGGGCAAUAUCAAAGAACAUUAGUGCAUCUUUGCAUGGACUCGCAACCAUUCUCUGACUGAUGUUAACAGGUUAAGUAACUCGAAUAGAUUUGAAUAAUCAUCAUCCAAGUUCUGACUUUAAUCCUUGUAAUGUUAAUUCAGAUAACAACAGCCUGUUGAAGGGAUGAUUUAUACUUUUAGCAUGCUCUAAUGCGUUCAUGAGCUGAGCAGAGGGAAAUACAAUAUUCAUGUGAGUUUUUACGAUUAUCUUGGACAUCUGGAGAGAGAGGGAGGGAGAGAAAGCAGAAAAAUAUGGAUUUGGAAAAGUUAAAUGUAGCUGAUAGUGUUUUAUAGUGUUGUAGCAUAUGUACAAAAAAUUUUGUCAGGAUGAAUUUAUAUCAAGAUUGUGGUGCUUUGUAAACAUAUGUAUGAUAUUUUUUCGGAGCCUCACGGGAAAGCUCAUAAAUGCUUCUGGUUGCGGCUGGAUUACAAUUAAUCAUAAUUCUUUUUGUCUAAA